AUGAAUAGAAGGCCAAAUGGUUAAGAUGACAAUUUAAGUUGGAUUUUGAAGUAUACGAAUGAAUUUGAAUAAGAACAUAUCGAGAGCCAACACAUGCAUAUACUGAAAUAGGAACAAUUUGGAUAAUUGAAAUAGUCAGAUGAGAUUUUGAGUGCUUAACUGUUUACUUUUUGGAAUGGAAAUUUAGAAAACAGUAAAUUUAUAUUAAUGCCGAAUUUGUUAAUUAAAGUCACGCAAUAAAAUGGAAUGUUGAUGCCUCCUUAAUAAUAAUUUAAUUUAGGGAGCGGUGCAUUUUAUUUAUCAUUAUCAGAAUGCACAAUUACUUAAAAAAUGAUAGCUCAUAAAUCGCAAUAAGCUUUCGGGAUGAUGUUAUCAAAUUCUAUCGGAACAACCUACUUAUUUUUUUCUAAUUUUGUUACAUUUCGGACCUGGUACAAACAAAUGAAAUAGUUUUGCAAGCUCACAGGAUUCUUAGAAAAAUAUAAGUUAGGGGAAAAGAUAUUACCUGGAUUUUACACUUGUACGAAGAAGAAGAAAAAGACUCAAUACACAUGUUAAAUCUAUAAAACAGAUGACUUUGAAUAAUGUAAAGAGUUGGAGGAUGCAGUUUAUAAUGAGAUAUAAAUUUUACGAAGCAUAAGACACUAGUCAUUGUUAGAGCUGAAAAGAGUGUAUGAGAAUAGCAAAUACCUUUUCAUUGUAUAUGAAUAUUAUAAAGGAGAGACAUUAUUUAAUCUUUUGAAUUCAAAUCUUUAACUUCACGAAGUUUAAAUUGCAUCUGUAUAUAAUUCCCAUUUUAAAAUAGAUAAUAUAUUAAAUCCUAUCAGUAGUGAAAUUUCUUAAUCAGCAUUAAUUUUAUCAUGGUAGUAUCAACCCUUAGAAUAUAUUAAUCAAUACUCAACAUUAGAUGUUGCAAAUCACAUUAAUCAAUUUGUCAUUCAAAGAGUACAAGGUGAAUGACAAAUUAGAUUGGAUUCUGAAUAGGGCAGUUGAAUCCUUUUUGGCUCCUGAAAUUUUCGAAGGAAUAGCUCCAAAUAUUGCAACUGAUAUCUACGCUUUAGGGUGUGUAUUAUAUUUUAUGACAUAUUAUGACCCUAAAAAAUAUGAAGUAAGUAUUUGAUAUUUUACAUUUUAUUUAUAGUUGACAAAUGAAGAAAAGGAUUUCUACACUGUAAUGGAUAGCUUUGAAAUACUCACAAAUCGUAUAGACGAGAGUGAAUAAAAAUUGAAAGUGGGUUUCUAAUAAAAUCAAUCCAAGAGCAAUGUUAGUUCAUCCUAAUUGGAUUUAUUAAGGAAGAUGUUAGAAUAAGAUUCAAGUAAGUUAAUAAAUAUAUGAGAUAAAAGAUUAACAAUAAAAGAUGCAACUAAACACCAUUGGUUUGUUAAUGUGAAAAGUAAAAUAAAGUCAUUGAAAGUGGAGAGAAAAAGAAAGAAACCUCUUCCUAGUCUUAGGACUAUCAUUGAAUUGAGGGAAAUGAGUGAAAUGGAUGUUAGAAUGACAAUUAUUCAGCAAUAGCAAAGUGGAUUAAAUGCUAUCAAUCAUAUGAAUUCAAAACUGCAAAGUACUCCGUCCAACACAAAACGCACUUUAGUUUAUACUCAACAACCAUCAAAAUUAAGUUAAUAUGCAGGCAAGAAUGAGUUUGAUGAUGAUUACGAAAGUACUUUGUUAUACUAGUUAGUUCCUGAUGAGGAUCUUUCAUUAGAAGUUCCUGUUAUUAAUUAUAAAAGAGAACCAAAACGAAAACCGUCAAAUAUAAGACUGCUUUGA